AUGCUGCUUCCAACCGAGGGGUGGCAAGCUGUUAUACUGCCAACUCACCUCUUCGGGGCGUUGGUGGUUGUCAUAUCACUGCCAAUUCUCUGGGUUGCGAUUGACUAUGCACGAGUCCUCAGGCUAAGGCGCAAGCUCCCCCCUGGACCACUUCCUCUCCCACUCUUCGGUAGCUACUUCGAGAUACCAAGGUAUAAGCCAUGGGUACACUGGGAGCAAUUGUCUAAAAAGUACGACAACCCUAUGAUCACUGUCUGGAACGGCAAUCGACCAGUCAUCAUCUGCAACGAUGCAUGGACCAUCUCGGAUCUUCUUGAGAAACGCGCGGCCAUUUACUCAUCUCGCCCCAAAUUGUAUGCCAGUGGAGAGAUGGUCAACGCGACCGAAUCGAACCAGAUAUGCCUUACCUACGGGGACAAGUGGAGGUUGCACCGAAGACUGACGCACAACGUAGUUGGGAGCCAAGCUGUCCGUGGCUACCGCUCGAUUCAAGGAAGUGAGGCCAAAGUUUUGACCAACGAUCUUCUGGAGAAUCCUGCGAAGUACGUAUCAAGUAUCGAGAGAUACUCCGUCUCGGUGGUCUCGAUUAUCGGACACGGACGUCGUAUUUCUGCCAUCGAGGAUCCGGUCGCGCAGAUCGCGCUCGCCAUUAUGGAAGGGGUUGAUUAUAUUAUCCCUUGCUAUACAUUGGUUGAAGCCAUACCUUGGACUAUGAAGCUCCCGAAAUGGAUAUACGCGCUGCCCGCUCUAGCCCGGGAGGGCAGCGGGUUGGGAGCCCAGUACUUCGCGAACUUGGCCAAGGAAGCAGUCAACAGAGACGAUAAUCUCUCAAAACGGCUCAUCGCGGAUCAAGAAGAGCUUGGAAUCACUGACAAGGAAAUUGGCAGUAUUACCGGGAACCUGAUCGGUGGCGGCGUGGACACUACGAGCAGCUCGAUUAUCAGCUUCAUCCUGGCCAUGUGCGUGUUCCCAGAAGCACAACGCAGAGCUCAGGAUGAGAUUGACCGUGUGAUUGGCCGUGACCGGUCCCCUUCAAUGGAUGACGAGGCAAAGCUCUCGUACAUCUCAGCCUGUGCAUCGGAGACGCUGCGUUGGAGAACCGUGACCAUUCUUGGCGGCAUUCCACAUGCUCCCACCCAGGACGACAAGUAUCGCGGGUAUCACAUACCGGCUGGGACUGCGAUCACCGGGAACGUCUGGGCCAUUCACCGCCACCCUCGAGAUUUCCCGGCCCCCGACACGUUCCGUCCGGAGCGUUUCCUGAAUGGACUCGAACGACCGUAUCCGACGAAGCAGGGCCACAAUGCUUUCGGAUGGGGACGACGGGCGUGCAGUGGACAGCCUCUUGCUGAGAAGAGCCUGCUCCACGUGAUAACUCGGCUCCUGUGGGCUUUUGACAUCAGGCCCGGUCUUGAUGAACAGGGCAAUGAAGUGACAUUGGACAUUUUUGCCUACACCUCGUGUGAGAACAUGCGCCCCGAGCCAUUCAAGGCGCGCUUUAUACCACGCAGCGAGAAGAUUGCUGAGAUUCUGCGCGCAGAGGCGCAGGCUGCCCGGGAAGAACUGCGCACGUGGGAUGGCGAUUCCAAGGUCACCAUGUAA